AUGGUCAUGUCUACUAGUGCCGCACCCACACCCUCAGCCUCAGCCUCAGCCCCGCAAACCGCCAACUCCAAUGGUUCCAUCGCAUGCGCAAACACCGUUGCAACGCUCACGGGGACAUGCCCCUGCGGCUCAAUAUCUGUCACAGUCACCGAUCGCUCAUUGGAAGGCAAACACGGGCAAAGGGACAGCAACCCCAACCUCACCAUUGACGCUGAGAAAACAGCGAUUCAAGAUCGACAGAAGACCCUGAAAAUGUAUUUUGAUUUGGAUACAAUGAGCGGACGGCAGAUCGAGAAAUUUUUCUGUUCGAGUUGCGGUUGUCCCAUCAUGUCGAUGACCGCUCUAUUACCGGGACAGGUGAAUCUGACCAUGGGGCUGUUUCCACGGAUCCCUGCGUCUGGGUUCGAGACGACUUCGUCUGCUUUCCAGCCCCAUCGCCAUCAAAAUCCUCACCCUCGAUCACUUGAAGGCAGGUUAGACGAUGUCGUGCAAUGGAGUGCUAAGGCAAAUGCGGGGUUAGCAUGA